CAGCCGCAAGAUAGUUUCAUAUUGCAGUAGAGGCCACAACACAAUUUGGUUCCGGGUACAAGCCUCAAACACCUUAUCAACUUGGGGAGCCAUUGCUUAAAGAGGCUGUGAAGUCAACAAGUACCAUGAGGAAGGAUCAUGAGAGAGCAUGGAAACAGUAUGGCUGUACACUAAUGUCGGAUGGAUGGUCUGAUAGGAGAGGAAGGCACUUGAUUAACUUCCUAGUGAACAGCCUGGAGGGGACUUGCUUCUUGGAGUCAGUCGAUGCAUCAAGUGAAGUGCAUGACGCAAACAUGCUUGCUAAUCUUCUAGAGAAAAAAGUUGAUGACAUUGGAAAAGACAAGGUUGUCCAAGUUGUUACUGAUAAUGGUGCAAACUUCAAGGCAGCAGGCAAGUUUUUAAUGGAGAGAAUUCCUACAAUAUUUUGGAGUCCAUGUGCUGCUCAUUGUUUGGAUCUAAUGCUGGAGGAAAUUGGGAACUUGGAAGCAUUCAAGAAACACAUUGCUCGUGCAAGGCGUGUGACAACUUUCAUCUAUAGGCAUGGGAGGAUCCUUCAUGCUAUGAGGGAGAAGACAGGUGGGGCUGAUCUUGUUAGACCUGCAGCAACUCGUUUUGCAACUUCCUUCCUUACUUUGAAGAGUUUGUACAAGCACAAAGAUCCCUUGAAGGCUUUAUUUGUGAGUGAAAAAUGGACUGGAAACAAAUUGGCAAAAACUAAAGCUGGUGAAGAUGUGCAUGACAUUGUCCUCUCUACGGAGUUUUGGAAUAAAAUUGAAGAUUGUCUUAGAGCUUCAGCCCCACUUCUUAUUGUGCUUAGGGUGGUUGAUGGAGAUGAAAAGCCAGCAAUGCCAGAGGUUCAAGCAUUAAUGGACCAUGCAAAGGAGAAGAUCAAGCUGAGCUUUGCCAUACAUCCAAGAAAAGGUUGCUUGACAAGAUCAUGGAGAUAAUUGAGCGACGUUGGGAAAAACAAAUGGAUCUUCCACUCUAUGGGGCUGCAUUGUAUUUGAACCCAGGGAAGCUGCAUCCUCUCAUAGAGAAAAAUGAUGAUGAAACUGUUGGACAGCUAAGAGGUUGCUUCCUAGAUGUUCUUGCAAGAAUGGUGGAGGAUGAAGAAACUAGUGACAAGAUCAAUGCUCAAGCCAUGGAUUAUGAAUGUCUUCGAGGAGAUGCGUGUUCAAACAAAAUGGCCAAACAAAACCUUGACUCAAUGAGCCCUCUUGAAUGGUGGCGUUCAUAUGGUGGCCAUGCUAUUGAGCUACAAAGGUUUACUAGGCGUGUUGUCAGUCUUUGUGCUUCUUCAUCUGGUUGCGAGCGCAACUGGAGCACCUUUGAAUUUAUCCACACAAAGAAAGAAACAGAUUGUUGCAUAAGAGGUUAAAUUCUAUCGUCUUUGUUUCCUACAACCGGAAGAUGAAAACCAGGUUCCAAAAAUUGCGGGUAAAGAAAGGAAAAUACUUUGAUCCAUUGGUUGUUGAGGAGUUUGAUUGGGAUAAUGAGUGGGCUGACUCACUGCAUGUACACCCUCAAGGUGGUCGUGGCUGUGAGUGUGAUCUUACAUGGGACCAAGUUGAUGAAGUACUUGGAGCAGCAGAGUCACUUCAUGGCAGAAAUUUACCAAGAAGAGCCCACUACAAGCGUGCAAGAAAUUCUGCACCUAUCGUGGUUCAGGAAGAGCUGGGUUCAGAAAAUGAAGAGGAUGAAGAUAAUCAAGAUCCCUAUGACGAUGCAGAUGUGACGGAUUGUGAGGAUGAUCCUUGUGAUGCCAAUGGUGGUGGAGGAAAUGAGGCAGCCAACAACAUCCUUGGAGAGUUUGACGAUGGCAAUUGACUUAUUGAGAGAUGAGACAUGAGAGAUUUCAGAUUU